AUGGAGGGUGUGUUCUUCAACGUCGACAACGGUUUCAUCGAGGGUGUCGUUAGAGGCUACAGAAACGGACUGCUAACGGGCAACCAGUACAUCAAUUUAACGCAGUGUGAUACCUUGGAAGAUCUCAAGUUGCAACUUUCUGCGACCGACUACGGCAAUUUCUUGUCUUCGGUUGCGUCGGAUGCUCUUACAACGUCCAUAAUUCAAGAAAAGGCGUCCUCUAAGCUGUACCAGGAGUUCCAGUAUAUACGGGACCAGACCAGCUCCAAGACAAGAAAAUUUCUCGACUAUAUUACCUAUGGCUAUAUGAUCGACAACGUCGCACUUAUGAUCACUGGUACCAUCCAUGACCGUGACAAGGCGGAAAUUUUGCCCCGUUGUCAUCCACUGGGUUGGUUUGAUACUUUGCCCACGUUGACCGUAGCCACGGAUCUAGAAUCGCUUUACGAAACUGUGCUCAUUGACACACCGCUAGCACCAUACUUCAGAGACUGUUUUGACGCAGCCGAUGAACUGGACGACCUCAACAUCGAAAUCGUUAGAAAUAAGCUGUACAAGGCUUACCUUUCGGAUUUCUACGAAUUUGUGUCCACUGAAAUUGACCAGCCCGCUCGUGAGGUCAUGCAAGCUUUGUUGAGCUUUGAAGCUGAUAGAAGAGCUAUCAACAUUUCCUUGAACUCCUUGCAGAGCGGCGAUUUGAUCACCGCUGAUGUGAAACGCGAUUUAUUACCAGACUUCGGUAAACUGUACCCUAUUGGCUCUCAGCAGCUAGCAACCACUGGUUCUGACUUCGAGUCCGUCAGGGCAAUUGUGGACAGCGUUUAUGAGUACCGCGGAAUUUUCGAAUCCGGAAAUCUGGAAGAUCAUUUCUACAGGAUGGAGAUGGACCUAUGCCUCGACGCUUUUACUCAACAAUUCACUGUCAGUACCAUCUGGGCCUGGAUGAAAUCGAAGGAGCAGGAAAUCAGAAACAUUACCUGGAUUGCAGAGUGUAUUGCGCAGAGCCAGAGAGAAAAGAUUACCAAUUAUAUCUCGGUGUAUUGA